AUGUUCAAUCGUUACGGAUAUGCUACCAUUUACAUUUACCAGAAAUUAUACUGGAUUACUGUUUGGCAACCAUUUUCAUCUGUUGAUCGUCGCUGGUCGCCUCGCAAUUUGCGGAAUAAGCUCAUGAAAAGCGACAUUGUGGUAUAUGAAAUGUGUGAGACAUCACGAUGUCGCAUUGGGGGAAAAGUACUCAUUUUGUAUGGAUCUCAAGGCUCUGUCACAGUGAAAGCAUCGUCAUAA